UCAAGAAUGAUGUAGGGCGAGCCCUCUGAAACCUGGCGGACUGCUUACCGGUCUACCCCUUGUUACUCCUGACAGGUUGGUUAGCAGAAAGAGGUGAAGAUGCCGGACGCCGAUGGAAUGGAGCGGGGCCCGGCCGCUACGCUGGAAGACUUCGUCAAGGCACUCGAAAAAAGGGAGUUGGCACGGGUACAAGUACCAAAGAUUGACAUCUUCCACUUUGAAGGGGAGAGGGUGUCAAAGUGGCUGGAGCUCCUGGAACAGAUUACUGCCGAGGUGUCGGAAGCGGAUAAAUUCAAGUACCUACCUCGAUACAUCUGGAGGGAAAUUCGACCAGAAAUCAUGAAAGUGGCUGCUGGAGCAGGGGGAGACUGGGCAGAGUUUAAGGCUGAAAUGCAAAGGCGGAUCAAGCGAGGAGAUGGCUUGCUGACAAAGACGGAUCUGGAGAUGCUACAUCGAGAUGAGUUAUCCACGGUGGAGGCAUUUGCAACAGCAUUCGAGAAGAUGGCGAAGAAAGUCCCUGGAUUGGCAGAAGAGGAACAGUGUGCUACCUUCCUGGGGCACUUCAAAAAUUGGGAAGCCUCCUUGCUUACCAAGAAGGCUGCUCCAGGGAAGAAGCUCAUUUGGGCGGCCAUAAAGAAAGGCGUAAUGAACGAAGAACUGGACCAGGUAGACAUCUUCCAGAUGAGGCAGGCUAGGAAGAAAAGGAAGACCUUAGACGCUACAACGAGUGAUGAGCGCGACUUCAAGAAAAUGGUGGAGGAUGCGGUGACCCAACUCGAAGCAACGAAGGAGGCAAGAAGAAAAACUAUGGCGGCACCACAGACCCAAGGUAAAGCAAAGAAAGCGGUGGUGCAGGAGGAAGAAGAAGAGGAAGAGGAAGAGGAGCCCGAGCCGCAGAAGCUGACAAAGGCUCAAAGGGAAGCAAGGAAUUUGGCCACAGGGAGGCAAGGCUCAGGGAGGGGCCAUGUCCCACAAGCUGUAGCCAUGUUGCCUCCUGAGCGGUUACCGAGGAACUACUGCACUCCCACACGCCAGGCAGAGGAGAGAAGAAGCAUGGAAAGAAAAAGGAAGGAGCCUGAGGCAGAAGGCAGGAGGACUUUUGAGAGAGGCACCUCCUCGAGGUCUCAGGAGGGAGAAAGAAGAAGAGAGCACAUCUCCCACAAGACAGAGAAAAGAGGGGAGAAGCCAUCUGAGAGGGCGCAUGGGAGGAGGGAGCUAGAGGCACCUGAGGCUCUUCCUCAGUCUACCCAGAGGCAGGAGGAUCAGCCAAUGACAGAGGCAGGACCAGAGGGGCCUCAUGAGUCACCCAGGCAAGAGAUGGAUGAGGAUCAGGCUGCAAAGGAGUUGGAAAAGCAAGAAAGAGCCGCCAGAGAGCAGGAGAUCAGAGCGGAAAUCAGGGGGAAGAACCUUGAAGAACUCCACAAGAGGAUGGAGCGGGGAGAGCGGCCAGUAAACCUAAAAGACAGAAAAGGGAAAAGUACUCAGCAGACCUCAUUUCAAGCAAAGGAAGCUGCAUGGGAAAAGAGGAUCAAGGAGCUAGGAACGAAGCUUGAGCAGAGAGCUCCCACGACCUUGGUGGACUGGACUGAGGUCCAGGGGUUCGAGAUGAAGAGGCUGCCUGCAGAAGACACCUUCAGGAGCCAGAAAGUGGAGGAGAAGGCUGAUCUACAGGAAGGAGAGGAUGUACCUCUGCUGGACAAGGAGAUGCUGCAACCUGAGGAAGUGAGCGCAAAGGAGGGGGCAAAGGGUUUGAAGGAGGCAUUGGGCUCGUGGGCCACUGGAUCUGGGUCAGAGGUACGGGCGAGUGGUCCAGUGAUACAGGAAGGAGAUAGAGCCGCCUGCCCCACUCCAUCAGAGACCCCUCAGCAGGAGGCCACGAGCGAGGUCACGACAUUCCCGCCAUCAGUACCCUCGCUGGAAGAGGAGAAGACGAUGCAGAAGAAGACUGGAAAAUGUUUCUAUUGUAAGAGAGGCAAACAUCGGGCUGAUGAUUGUCUGAAGAGCCUGAAAGAUGAGGCCGCUGGACUAGUCACCAGGGAGUUAUCAGGGAAAUGGAUAGAUAAGAAUGGACUCCAGGCCCAUAAGGUGAGGGCGCAGUUGUAUAGGCAGCUGCAAAUGGUCAUGAGUGAUCAGGAGUAGGGUUUUCUAAUAAGGUCCGGAAAGGCCUAAGUCUGGUAUAUGCGAGACGUCUCUGACUCACUGACUGAUGGUUACUUGUAUAUAGAGGGAUACAUGGAGGAUUGGAUCAGACCCAUGUACAUCAGUGAGCUGGGCCAAAAUGAGGUGUUAUAUCACAUUAUAGACUUGAUGACCUUCUUUGUGCGUAUGAUAAAACUAAGUAUUGAUG